AUGGAGGUGGCGAUGGUGAGUGCGGAGAGCUCAGGGUGCAACAGCCAUAUGCCUUAUGGUUAUGCAGCCCAGGCCAGGGCCCGAGAGCGGGAGAGACUUGCUCACUCCAGAGCAGCUGCAGCUGCUGCUGUCGCAGCUGCCACGGCUGCUGUCGAAGGCACCGGGGGUUCUGGUGGAGGCCCCCACCACCAUCAUCAGACGCGUGGUGCCUACUCCUCCCAUGAUCCUCAAGGUAGCCGUGGUAGUAGGAGGAGGAGGCGUCAGCGAACUGAGAAGAAGAAACUCCACCACAGGCAGAGCAGUUUUCCUCAUUGCUCAGACCUGAUGCCCAGUGGCUCUGAAGAGAAGAUCCUGAGGGAGCUAAGCGAGGAAGAGGAAGACGAGGAGGAGGAAGAGGAGGAGGAAGAGGAGGGAAGGUUUUACUAUAGUGAAGAUGAACAUGGGGAUGGGUGUUCCUACACAGACCUGCUGCCACAGGAUGAUGGGGGCGGCGGCUACAGUUCAGUCCGCUACAGUGACUGCUGUGAACGCGUGGUGAUAAAUGUGUCUGGUCUACGCUUCGAAACCCAAAUGAAAACGUUGGCCCAGUUUCCAGAAACUCUGUUGGGAGACCCCGAGAAGAGGACUCAGUACUUUGACCCUUUGCGCAAUGAGUAUUUUUUUGAUCGGAACCGACCCAGCUUUGAUGCCAUUUUAUAUUAUUACCAGUCAGGAGGCCGCCUGAAGAGGCCAGUCAAUGUCCCCUUUGAUAUCUUCACCGAGGAGGUGAAGUUCUAUCAGUUGGGAGAGGAAGCCCUGCUCAAGUUCCGGGAGGAUGAAGGCUUUGUGAGAGAAGAGGAGGACAGGGCUCUGCCAGAAAAUGAAUUUAAAAAACAGAUUUGGCUUCUUUUUGAAUAUCCAGAAAGUUCUAGCCCUGCCAGGGGCAUAGCCAUCGUAUCUGUCCUAGUCAUCUUAAUCUCUAUUGUCAUAUUUUGCCUGGAAACCUUGCCCGAGUUCAGGGAUGAUAGGGACCUCAUCAUGGCCCUCAGUGCAGGCGGGCACAACAGAUUGUUGAAUGACACUUCAGCAGCCCACCUGGAGAACUCAGGGCACACAAUAUUCAAUGACCCUUUCUUCAUCGUGGAGACAGUGUGUAUUGUGUGGUUUUCCUUUGAGUUUGUGGUCCGAUGCUUCGCUUGUCCCAGCCAAGCACUCUUCUUCAAAAACAUCAUGAACAUCAUUGAUAUCGUCUCCAUUUUGCCUUAUUUCAUCACCCUGGGCACUGAUCUGGCCCAACAGCAGGGGGGUGGCAAUGGCCAGCAGCAGCAGGCCAUGUCCUUUGCCAUCCUCAGGAUCAUCCGUCUGGUCCGAGUAUUCCGGAUCUUCAAGCUCUCCAGACACUCCAAAGGCCUGCAGAUCCUGGGCCACACCCUAAGAGCCAGCAUGCGGGAACUGGGCCUUCUUAUUUUUUUCCUCUUCAUUGGGGUCAUCCUCUUUUCCAGCGCUGUGUAUUUUGCAGAGGCAGAUGAACCCACUACCCAUUUCCAAAGUAUUCCAGAUGCAUUUUGGUGGGCUGUGGUAACCAUGACAACUGUGGGCUAUGGGGACAUGAAGCCCAUCACAGUGGGGGGAAAGAUUGUGGGGUCCCUGUGUGCCAUUGCGGGUGUCUUAACCAUUGCUUUGCCUGUGCCGGUGAUUGUGUCUAACUUUAACUAUUUCUACCACAGAGAGACUGAAAAUGAAGAACAGACCCAGCUGACACAAAACGCAGUCAGUUGCCCAUACCUACCUUCUAAUUUGCUCAAGAAAUUUCGGAGCUCUACUUCUUCUUCCUUGGGGGACAAGUCAGAGUAUCUAGAGAUGGAAGAAGGGGUCAAGGAGUCUUUAUGUGGAAAGGAAGAGAAGUGUCAGGGAAAGGGGGAUGACAGCGAGACAGAUAAAAACAACUGUUCUAAUGCAAAGGCUGUGGAGACUGAUGUGUGA